CGAAGUAACAAAACACAAUCUGAUUGGCUGUCUAGACUUCCACGAGGGGUCGCAUGCAAACGAUUUGCGAAAGGGUUUAUUGUUUCUUUGCUUUCGGGAGCCAAAAUUGUUUGCUAUCUACUCAGUUCUACAAUCAAAUAACGAGACGGAAAAAUGGCUGGUGGCAAGGCAGGAAAAGACAGUGGCAAAGCCAAGGCAAAAGCAGUGUCUCGCUCCCAGAGGGCUGGGCUGCAGUUCCCAGUGGGUCGUAUCCACAGGCACUUGAAGACUCGCACAACCAGCCACGGUCGCGUAGGAGCCACAGCAGCUGUGUACAGUGCAGCUAUCCUUGAGUACCUCACCGCUGAAGUACUAGAGUUGGCGGGCAAUGCCUCCAAAGACUUGAAGGUGAAGCGUAUCACUCCCCGUCAUUUGCAGCUGGCCAUCCGUGGUGAUGAGGAGUUGGACUCCCUUAUCAAGGCAACAAUUGCUGGAGGAGGUGUCAUUCCCCACAUCCACAAAUCCCUCAUUGGGAAGAAGGGCCAGCAGAAGACUGCAUAGAUGUCAUGUUAACCAGAAAUUUCAGGGCUUGGGCUUUGAAUGGACCAGGAGUUCACAUUUGUUCUUUUUUACUAUUAAUAUUAUAGCAAACGAAGAGUGAUUGUUAGAAUUUGUGUUGUAAUAUUUCCCCAUAACUAGAAAAAAGUACGGAAAACCCCUUAACGACAAAACCCUUUGUAUGUUAUUGUAGAACGUUUGACUGGGGAGAUCAUUAUUAUUUCAAAUGGUGACAGUGAAUUUGUUUGAUUGGCCUGGGACUAUGUAAUGUUUUAUACUGAAAAAAUAAGUUGUUAAAACCGUUUUUAUAUAAAAAAAAAACUUGUGUUGUGGUUAUUUUCUUGAAGUUACAAUAUUUACUAUAAUACAAGUCUUUUUUUUUCAGACAGAAAAUUAGGUAACAGCUAAAUGUAAGAUGGUGCUUCUUUUCUCCCUUUCGAUUUGCUGUAAUAUUUUGAAGUGCACAUGGAUAGUGAUGUAUUAAAAGUUUGGUUUUUUACAUCAAAAUGAAAAGUCAUUGAAAACAAGUUAUUGCAACCUUCUGCUACACUGUUUUGUGUUUAUAGCUCUUCAUAUGUGUUAAACAUUUAAGUGUGAUCCUCAGCUGCUGUGAUCAGGCAACACUGAUCCUGCAGUUUCUGCCUCAAUGUGGCACCGUAUGUCAAAUACAUAUCACUACUAUAUAGUUGGUACCCUAAUGUAUGGAGAAGAUGGAUUAAUCAUCUGGCAUGGAAAUCUAACACAUCUGAACCAUAUCAGUGCUUUAAGAAGUACUCACAGUUUAAAUGUAUGCGCAAACCGAAAUGUUCAUCCUUAAGUCCGUUAUGUUUUUCAAGUAAAGAAGUCAGUUUUUAAAA